AGAACAGAGGGAGAAACAAUGGCUUUUUACAGUCAAAAGUCAAAGCGGCAGUACCCAACUCUGCAUAAAAAAAGAGAUUCACACUGCCAUUUCUCAGCUGCAAUGCCCUAACUUGUGCUCACCCCCACACUCAAACCAGCCCCUUCUGAUAAGCAGAAUCCAGUCCAUAUCUAUGCCUGCAUUGUUCGGGAAGAUUAGAUAGCCCCCGAACAAUCCAGAAUUCUGUAGAUGGAGAGGAUGAACACGAAAUUCCACUCAAUUUCGCUGUGGUUUUGCUUCGCAUGCAUAACGGUGCUCCUUGGAUGUUCCUCGGUGAAAUGCACAGUGACUUACGAUAGAAAAGCUAUAGUCAUCAAUGGCCAGAGAAGACUCCUCAUUUCUGGUUCCAUACAUUACCCCAGAAGCACUCCUGAGAUGUGGGAAGAUCUGAUUAACAAAGCUAAAGAAGGAGGUCUGGAUGUGAUUGAAACUUACGUUUUCUGGAAUGUUCACGAGCCUUCUCCCGGCAAUUACAACUUUGAAGGAAGGUAUGAUUUGGUGAGGUUUGUGAAAACUAUUCAGAAAGCAGGUUUAUAUGCUCAUCUCCGCCUAGGGCCAUACGUUUGUGCAGAGUGGAAUUUCGGGGGUUUUCCUGUUUGGCUUAAAUAUGUACCUGGGAUCAGCUUCAGGACUGAUAAUGAGCCGUUUAAGAUGGCCAUGAAAGGCUUCGCUGAGAAAAUCGUCAGGCUUAUGAAGAGUGAAAAUCUGUAUGAAUCUCAGGGAGGGCCUAUCAUACUAUCGCAGAUUGAAAACGAGUAUGGACCUCAAGCCAAAGCACUUGGUGCUGUCGGCCACAAAUACGCGUCUUGGGCAGCAAACAUGGCCGUUGGGCUAGAUACUGGUGUCCCGUGGGUGAUGUGCAAGGAAGAAGAUGCCCCAGAUCCUGUGAUAAACACGUGCAAUGGUUUCUACUGCGAUACUUUCUCCCCAAACAAGCCUUACAAACCAACAAUAUGGACUGAGGCUUGGAGUGGCUGGUUUUCAGAAUUCGGAGGUACAAUUCACGAAAGGCCAGUUCAAGAUUUGGCUUUUGCUGUUGCUAGAUUCGUACAGAAAGGAGGCUCAUUUGUAAACUAUUACAUGUACCAUGGAGGCACAAACUUCGGCCGCACUGCUGGAGGCCCGUUUAUCACUACAAGUUAUGAUUAUGAUGCUCCACUUGAUGAAUAUGGUUUAAUCCGACAACCUAAAUACGGUCAUCUAAAAGAGCUACAUAGAGCGAUUAAACUAUGCGAGAAAGCUCUUGUCUCAGCAGAUCCUACAGUGACUUCUUUAGGGAGUCUUCAGCAGGCUCAUGUAUAUUCUUCGAACACGGGAGAUUGUGCAGCAUUUCUUUCCAAUUACAAUACCAAGUCUGCAACAAGGGUGUUCUUUAAUAACAUGCAUUAUAACUUACCUCCUUGGUCCAUCAGCAUCCUUCCUGACUGUCGGAACGUGGUCUUCAAUACCGCCAAAGUUGGAGUUCAAACAACAAAGAUGGAGAUGUUACCGAGUAAUUCCGAAAUUUUCUCUUGGGAUACGUUUAAUGAAGAUUUAUCUUCUUUAGACGAAAGCUCAACAUUCUCUACUAUUGGACUCUUGGAGCAGAUAAAUGUAACGAGAGACGCCAGCGAUUAUCUUUGGUACACAACCGAUGUUGAUAUUGGUCCAUCCGAGUCGUUCCUGCGUGGUGGGGAGCUUCCAACUCUUAUUGUUCAAUCGACUGGUCACGCAUUACAUGUUUUUGUGAAUGGGCGGCUUUCCGGUUCUGCCUCCGGGACGAGGGAAAAUCGGAGAUUUACAUUUAAGGAGAAAGUCAAUCUACGUUCCGGAUCGAAUAAGAUUAGUCUUCUUAGUGUGGCCGUUGGAUUACCGAACAUUGGUGGACAUUACGAGACAUGGAACACUGGAGUUUUAGGCCCUGUGGCGCUGCUUGGUCUUGACCGAGGAAAACAAGAUCUUUCUUGGGCAAAAUGGACAUACCAGGUCGGGCUCAAAGGGGAAUCUCUGAAUCUGGUCUCUCCGAAUGGUAUAGCUUCAGUAGAAUGGAUGCAGGGUUCACUAAUAGCCGAAAAGCAGCAGCCAUUAACAUGGCAUAAGGCUUACUUCAAUGCACCCGAUGGAGACGAGCCGUUGGCUUUAGACAUGAGCAGCAUGGGUAAAGGCCAGGUGUGGGUUAAUGGCCAGAGUCUUGGACGGUAUUGGACUGCAUUCGCUACCGGCAAUUGUAACGAGUGCAGUUACGCAGGAACUUUCCGACCACCGAAGUGUCAGCUCGGGUGCGGGCGACCAACUCAAAGAUGGUAUCAUUUACCGCGUUCUUGGUUGAAGCCGUCGCAGAAUCUGCUGGUGCUCUUCGAAGAACUCGGGGGGAAUCCCACAGGAAUCACUCUUGUUAAGAGAUCAUUGACGAGCGUUUGUGCAAACGUUGCAGAGUAUCACCCGAAUAUUAAGAACUGGCAAAUCGAGAGCUACGGGAGGCCGGAGGAGUCUCACCACAAACCCAAGGUCCAUCUUUCUUGCGAUCCCGGACUGGUUAUCUCUGCUAUCAAGUUUGCCAGUUUUGGAACUCCUCUCGGAGCCUGCGGGAGCUUCCAGCAAGGAACUUGCCACGCUCCUAUGUCGCAUUCCAUCAUAGAGAAGAAGUGCAUCGGGCAACAGCGAUGUUUGGUCACAAUAUCAAACAGUAACUUCGGCCGGGAUCCAUGUCCAAAUGUAUUGAAGAGGUUAUCCGUUGAAGCUGUAUGCGCCCCGAAAAAUUAACCUACGACAGCUACUGGGAGCAUGGUAGGUAGUAAAGAACUUACAAAGUUACGAAAGCUUAAAGAUUAGAGCAUUGGGAGGUUUAAUUAUGCAAAGGCAGCAAGCAAGCAAGCAUCAAUCUUUUCGUGUGGUUUUUCCUGAUUUCUGCAAUUAGAAUUGGUUUGUUCUCUAAUUGAUAUAUGGGAUUCCUGGACUUGAAGACGAAAAUGGCCUCAAGUCCAGUGAAGAGAUGUCGAUUUCAAAUGCCGGUUAGCUGUCUUCUUCUUUUAACUUGCAGGAGAUGCGAACCGAUUCAUUUUCGUUCUUUCUGCUUAGUUUUUAUCGAGUCUUUUUAGAGUCAUCGAAGUGUAGUAUGUCGCUGGGAGACGGGAAAAAGCGUCGUCCCGGAAGGAAUUCAUUAUAGGAAACGGUUCCUAACUAGCUCGGCCGAGGUGUGUGCAAAACCACUUCCCAGCUGUUUGUAUCUUCAAGUUUGUUGUAAUCACAUACUUACAAGUUACAAUGUAUUGCCUGGAAUUGAUCAUCUUCUUGAGUUUGUA